GAGGAUCAUCAGAAUCGACUUCCAGAAACAUUCUGACUCCCGGAUCAUCAGUUGUGACUGACAUAGAAGGAUGGCAGAGACCGCGGGACCAUCGAUAAGCGGGGGCAAAGCUCUGUCGGAUAAAGCAGCGCGGAUGGAGAGAUUGCGAGCAUUACAGAUGAGGAAGAGCGAAGCAUCUAAAUUGAACCACAGGGAAGUCGUGGAGGAGGACCGUAAAGCGAAGCUCCCGAAAAACUUCGAGGAGAAGCAGUACUGGGCGCAGUACGCUCUAGAUGAAGAUAAGAAAGCCGCUCAGGCGAGGGAGGAAGGGCGUGACUACAACAUGGAGAAAUUACGAGGAGUGUCGGCGAUGGAGGCUGACCGUCUGGAUCGCGCAAAGAAACGAAAACAAAACCCAGAUCAAGGGUUCUCGUCCUUUGAAGCUGCCACAGCUCGUCAAUACCACUCACUCGUGGAUCAGAUAAAGCCAGACAUGGAAGAUUAUGAAGCCAAAAAAGAGAAAAUGGGUGAAGCAUUUUUCCCAACUGCGGACACGAUGAUUCAUGGAACGCACAAAGAUUCCCCUCAAGCUUUGGAAAGGUUGGCCAAAGCCACGCAUCAGAUCGCCGCUAAACGAGAGAAGUUCUCUCGGAGGAGGAAAUUCGAUCCCGACGCGGAUAUUGAUUUCAUCAACGAACGCAAUCAGCGAUUCAACAAGAAACUUGAACGCUUCUAUGGAGACUACACGAAGGAAACCAAACUCAAUUUGGAGAGAGGAACUGCCUUGUAAAAAAGAAAUCUGUCGAUAUUGUACAUUAGGUGAAGGCUUUCCAGUAAAUAAGGGCGACUUGU